AUGGGAAGGGGAAAGAUUGAAAUCAAAAGGAUCGAGAACACCACAAAUCGGCAGGUGACAUUCUGCAAGAGAAGAAACGGGCUUCUGAAGAAAGCUUAUGAGUUAUCAGUGCUGUGUGAUGCAGAAGUUGCUCUCAUUGUCUUCUCCAGCCGUGGCCGUCUCUAUGAGUACUCCAACAACAACAUAAGAUCAACUAUUGAGAGGUACAAAAAGGCAUGUUCAGAUCAUUCAAGUACCAGCACUACCACCGAAAUUAAUGCUCAGUAUUAUCAACAAGAAUCUGCAAAGCUGAGACAGCAAAUACAGAUGCUGCAAAAUUCAAACAGGCACCUGAUGGGUGAUGCCUUAAGCACACUGACUGUAAAGGAACUUAAGCAGUUGGAGAAUAGACUUGAAAGAGGAAUCACUAGAAUCAGAUCUAAGAAACAUGAGAUGCUACUGGCACAAAUAGAAUACUUCCAGAAAAGGGAGAUUGAACUGGAAAAUGAAAAUCUUUGCCUUCGGACUAAGAUAACUGACGUUGAGAGGAUUCAGCAAGUAAACAUGGUUUCUGGACCAGAGCUGAAUGCCAUUCAGGCAUUAGCUUCUCGUAACUUCUUCAAUCCAAACAUGAUGGAGGGUGGAUCUGUUUACCCUCAGUCAGAUAAGAAGAUUCUUCAUCUUGGGUGA